AAAAAAUAUUCGAUGUCUAUUUAGUAAGGAAUCAAAUUAGAAUGACGUUCAAUUUCAAGCCAGGUGGUUUUAAUUUUGGUGGUACAACAUCCAGUGCAGCCCCUGUUGGGGGUCAGUCAACAUUUUCAUUUGGUGGAGCGAAUUCUACCUUGCCUGCUAACUCAACAACAGGAACGCAACCAUCAUUUAACUUUGCUAGUGGAAAUACAGCGCCAUCUGCUACUACUUCCACAUUGGGUGGAACCGGAUUUUCAUUUAGUGCUGCAUCAACUGCUGGUAGUACUGCGCAAACCAUUGGUAGUAAUUUUGGUUCAUUAGGUGGGGCUAAACCAUUCAGUUUUGGUGCAGCUACUGCCGUGACUACACAAGCAGCAGCUACAAAGCCCAACACCACUGCACCAUUUGCUGGACUUAGUACAAGCAAAACAAAUAAUGCUCCACAGCAAAGCGGUUUUUCAUUCUCAAACUCAACAACUAGUACUUCCGGUGGAAUGUUUUCAUCUAAUCUACUAAAAGGCCAGACUACAUCUGCUGCAGCAACUACGCCUUUUGCAGUAGCUUCAAGUGCAACUUCAACACCAUCUUUGUCACUGGGUACUAGCACUGCUAAACAGUUCACCCUCUCCACUUCAACAACAGCAACAGCUUCGACAGGAAGCACCAUUGUUUCUACUGGUGCAACGACCAACCUUGCAUCAGCUGCGGCAACUCAACUCAAGCAAAUGUCAUACAAGGAACUUGAGGAAACAGUUGAAAAAUGGCUUCAUGAUCUUGGAGAGCAAGAGAAAACAUUUUUAAAUCAAGCUUCUCAAGUUAAUCUUUGGGAUAGACAACUGAUUGAAAAUGGAGAGAAAGUGACAGAGUUGCAUAAUGAGGUUGAAAGAGUUAAAUCUGAACAAAAGAGGCUAGAUCGAGAAUUAGACUUCAUAUUGUCUCAACAAGAAGAGUUGGAAGAGCUUUUGCAACCACUUGAAACGCAAGUAAAAUCACAACAAGCAUUGAAGCACUCACAACACUCUGAUAUAGAAAGGGAACGUACAUUUAGAAUGGCAGAAAACAUAGAUUCACAGUUAAAAACAAUGAUGCAGGACUUGAAAGAAAUAAUUGACUACAUAAACAAAUCUCACGUUUCACCUUCAAAAACUGAUGACACUAUGAGCCAAGUUGCAAAAAUACUGAAUGCGCAUAUGGACUCGCUACAGUGGAUCGAUCAAAAUGCAAAUCAGCUGCAGCAACGAAUGAAGGACGUUAGUCAGCUUGUUUCUGCAAGAAAACGAAAUUAUGACAGAACAUUUCACUUGACUUAAAACUGACGUUUUCAUAACAUUACUUUUUUUACAUUACAUGUUUUUGUUGGAUAAAAUAGUAAACUUUUGCUGCAA